AUGGUUCUCAUACAAAAUAAAUAUGAGAAAUUCUCAUCUAAAGAGGAGAAGUUUUCAGUUUUUCCUAGAAUUGGUUUGGUUAAGGAAAGCUCAACGUCUCUACCUGAUACUGCCAACAUGGUGUCGGAGUUGGCUAGAGAGUUUCCUACAGACGCUAAAGUAAGACUUGAUGCUUUUCUCAUGAGGAAAAUCGGUGGAUACCUUAGCAGCCACUCCAUAAGGCUCAACCUUUGGAACCCUUCUACUUCUGAAGGCGACGUAGCUCAAGGAAGAGGCAAAGACAAGAAGAAUGGCAUGGCUUACAUCCUUGCAGCUGCUGCCAUGAUGAAAGGUACCUUGAUGGCCUUGGCGAUGGGGGGUCUUGCAGCCCUUGCUGGUAAAGCGCUUAUGACUGGUAUGAUUUCCUUGUUGCUGUCUGCAAUUAUUGGUUUGAAAUCAUUGACCAGUCAUGGUGGAAAACAGACGACUUAUGAGAUUGUGUCCAAGCCAGUUUAUUCUCAUACAAAUAGUCAUUCAACUGAGGUGGAACAUGCUGGACAUUACAGUGGAUAUGGCAGGAGUAUGGAUGUUCCUUUGCCUCUUGGUUUGCAAAGGGCUUACACCAGUUCGUGAAGAUUUUGUUUCAUUUUAUUGUCCCAUUAUUUAUUAUAUAGUAUUUAUGACUAGUUACCAAUA